UACUAACAUAAAUUGCUAAGAAGCCUCGAGACAGGGACGCACAAGUUGAUGUUCAGCAGGCGCUCGUGGUGAAUCUGUGAGUUGAUUCCUACAGAAGUUGGUUUCUCUGUUCAGGCUUAACUGGGAAAAAGUUGAUGCUCGUGUGUGGAUGUGUGUGGUGUCGAUUGCAGCCAAACCUAGAAGUUCUGUCAGUAGGUAGGAUUAUUUUUUUCAAAUUUUUUUUCUUACAUAGCCAAAUUAUUUCAGAUUUUUAGUCUGUUGGUUGUAGGCUUGUUUUUGGCUUUAGCUACUAAGGUUUCCAUGCCUAUGAAAGGAGCAGUGUGUCUCUGAGUGUGUGCGUGCUUGUUGCCUGCCAUGCCCUUGCCUGCGCCUGAUGUCCCGGCCUCUCAGAGGCUGGCACUGGACUGCCGUACCCUUCUGGACCAUCGCAUUGGCAAGGGGGUUUGUGGUUGUUGCGGGGCACUCAGGCCUCGGUACAAGAGACUGGUGGACAACAUCUUCCCAGAAGACCCAGAGGAUGGGCUGGUCAAAGCCAACAUGGAGAAGCUGACGUUCUACGCCUUGUCAGCUCCAGAGAAGCUGGACCGUAUCGGAGCCUACCUGUCCGAGAGACUGUCGAGGGAUGUGGCUCGACAUAGAUACGGGUACGUGUGCAUAGCCAUGGAAGCCCUGGACCAGCUGCUGAUGGCCUGUCACUGCCAGAGCAUCAACCUGUUUGUGGAGAGCUUUCUGAAGAUGGUGCGGAAGCUGCUGGAAUCAGACAAACCCAACCUGCAGAUCUUAGGAACCAACUCGUUUGUAAAGUUUGCCAACAUAGAAGAGGAUACGCCGUCGUACCACCGCAGCUAUGACUUCUUUGUGUCACGCUUCAGUGAGAUGUGCCAUUCAAGCUACGAGGACCCCGACAUCCGCACCAAGAUUCGCAUGGCAGGUAUCAAGGGUCUGCAGGGCGUGGUGAGGAAGACGGUGAACGACGAGCUGCAGGCCAACAUCUGGGACCCUCAGCACAUGGACAAGAUUGUCCCCUCUCUGCUUUUCAACCUGCAGAGCGGAGAACGUACGGAGAGCCGCUCGCCCUCUCCGCUGCAGGCAUCGGAGAAGGAGAAGGAGAGCCCGGUGGAGCUGACGGAGCGCUGCUUCAGGGAGCUGCUGGGACGAGCCGCCUAUGGCAACAUCAAGAACGCCGUCACGCCCGUGCUGAUGCACUUAGAUAACCACUCUCUAUGGGAGGGAAAGACCUUCGCUGUGCGGUGCUUCAAAAUCAUCAUGUACUCCAUCCAGUCCCAACACUCUCACUUGGUAAUCCAGCAACUUCUCGGCCACCUGGACGCUAACAGCAAGAACUCGGCCACAGUGCGAGCUGGGAUAGUGGAAGUCCUGCUGGAAGCGGCUGCCAUUGCUGCCAGUGGCUCCGUAGGUCCUACAGUGUUGGAGGUGUUCAAUACGCUGCUGCGGCAGCUCCGUCUGAGCGUAGACUACGAGCUGACCGGCUCAUACGACGGCAGCACCAACAUCGGCACCAAAAUCAUCAAAGCUCACGAGGAGAGACAGCUGCAGGAGGCAGUCAUUAGAACCAUUGGCUCAUUUGCCAACACUCUACCGACCUACCAGAGGUCAGAGGUCAUGCUCUUCAUCAUGGGAAAGAUCCCAGUCCCUGGAGUGCACCUGGCUCUGCCCUCCACAGGCUCUGGGCCUGAAGGUACCAGGAUGAUUCAGAUUAUGUUGCUCAAGUCUUUGGUUCAGGUGACGGCGGGUUUCCAGACGACCAACAUGCUGACGGCGCUGCCCAGCUCUUUCUUGGAGCCGCUGCUGUCCUUCUCUCUCACCGAGGAUCCAGAGGUUCGACUGCUGGUGCUCCAGAUUCUUCUCAGUCUCAUUGACAGACACGACAACAGGCCCAAGUUCUCCAACAUAAGCAUCAUUUCCGACAUCUCUGUGCUGAAACUCAAAGUCGACAAGUGCUCCAGACAGGACAAUUUAUUCAUGAAAAAGCACGGCCAGCAGCUGUACCGACACAUCUACUUGGGCUGUAAGGAGCCGAGCAGCGGACGGCAGCACUAUGAAACCCUCUUCGCUCUGUUGGGGCUUCUGAGCGUGGAGCUGGCCAACGAAGAGGUGGUGGUGGACCUCAUUCGCCUGGCACUGGCCUUGCAGGACCUGGCUCUGUCCACCGAUGAGGGUCUGCCUGUCUUUAACCGCUGUGCUGUUCAUGCCCUCGCCGCCGCCUACCUCAACCUGAUCUGCCAGCUCACCACCGUCCCAGCCUUCUGCCAGCACAUACACGAGGUAAUUGAGGUGAGACAGAAAGAAAAUCCUUACCUUUUGCCUGAGGAUGUGUUCGUUGAUAAUCCCAAGCUGCCGUCUUCACCGGAGAAGGUGGAAGGUGACGUUUUGUUCCUGCAGUCAAAGAUCACUGAGGUCCUCGGAGGAAGUGGUUACAACACAGACAGACUGGCUACGCCUUACGUCCCGCAGUACACCGACGAGGACCGUCUGUCCAAGAGGAAGAGCAUCGGGGAGACGAUCUCACUGCAGGUGGAAGUCGAGUCCCGAAACAGUCCAGAGAAAGAGGAGAGGACACCAGCAGAGGAGAUCACGUUUGAAACCCUGAAAAAUGCAAUCGUGGACAGUGUUGGUAUGGAGGAGCAGGAGAGGGAGCGGAGGAGACAAGUGGUGGAGAAGUUCCAGAAAGCCCCCUUCGAGGAGAUAGCUGCCCACUGCGGUGCCAGGGCCACACUGCUGCAGAGCAAACUAAAUCAGAUCUUUGAAAUCACAAUCAGACCCCCUCCCAGCCCGUCCGGAACCAUUUCAUCGGGUUACGGCCAAAACCAGAGUCGAUCUGUACCCAUUUACGAGAUGAAGUUCCCCGACCUUUGUGUGUACUGAACCACAAACUCCACGUCGACCUGAUGGAGCGGUUCGACCUGUAAACAAGGAUUUAAGGAGGACGGCGUCGCUCAUCUCCACCGUGGAAUCCAACGACCACAGUGCAUGUGGGACAAACUCAGUUGCAACUAAAUAACAAGCCACUUCUCCAUUUAGUUAGAGUUUUACCCUUUGCCAAAACGAGACGGGCAAAUGUCAAUAAAUGCAGCAGUAAGACAAACCUAUGUCAUUCACUUCACCUUAGACGUCUGUAGAAACUCCACUGGCUGGAUUUUCAAAGUAGAAAUUGCCAACAAAAAUCAGACUGAACCUUAUUUUACUGACUUUAGACUGAAGUGGCUGCCGGCACUGAAUAUUUUGGGCAUUUUUCUGACUUGUUUAUCCCUUACGGGGUGCCAUACUACAUUUGAUCUCAAAAUUAGCCUAAACAAUCGCACUUAUUGGAUGUUUUCUGCUUUUUUUUUUGGUGAUCUCGAUGGCCAGGAGGAGUAUAUGUGGAACCGAAGCAUUCUAAUUUACUUGACUCUGUAUUUUAAUGUUUGACUGAUGCAUAGAUAUGAAGUUCCCUCGUCCCGCCUCUCGUGUUGCUCUUUAGACAUCCGUCUUCAACGUUCAAUGCUUUACCGUCGCUUUCGUUUUGCCUUCUUAGCGUUAGCCAGAAGUGCUUUCUUCUUUUACUGUCAGGCGUUUAACUCCUGCUGCUGACUUUUAUUCUAUUUAUUUUGUUUUUAACCGUUUUAACCAAAAGAUGACUGCUAAUCGAAGCGUUACACACACACUGCGCCACAGUCACAAACUCCUCAAGUGUUUACUGCAAUGUUUACCAGAUCAGACACUAGAAAAUUAAUUAAUGAUACUUUAUUUUUCUCCUUCCCAUAUAAAUGUGUAUAUACAGAGAAAUAUAUAAAUCUUUAAGCCGAUGUACAGAUUAGGGAUGUUUUGUGUGUACAUAUAUAUACUGUAUAUCCUAAUUUUAGACCGCCGCUGCACUGGUUGUGUCCAUAGAUGAGGGAGAAAUCGACGUACUAACCAGAAAUCUCCACUUAGUAACCAGCAACACAUGAAGUCAAACUGUCCAAACGGCCCACAGCAGGAAUUUGCAUAAUACCAAGGCCAGUAAGGUCACACUCAUGAAGUAUUAAUAAGCCCAUCUGGUCACACUCUCAGUAGAGAAACUGGUUUUUAGGUAAUUUCCAGUUCAUUCCUAGUUACAGGGUGUCAAACAGGUUUCGUCCUAAGCCUGUGUUGUUGCCAUUUCAUCCUCGGUCCUGCUGGGUUUUCUGCCAUAUCGCUGCUGUUGCUGCAGCAGCUUCCAAGCAUCUGUCUCAGCACGAUUCAAAUAAGCCAUUUUGUGCGCAUGUGUGCACAUACAGGUAUAUUUAGAAAAAAAAAAAGAAGUAUAAUGGCAAUAAUUUGGCACGAGCCUGGCUGACACGGUCCGACUGUAGGUAGCAGAUCCAUUUGUGCGUAUUAAAACAAAAAAAAAGAAAUUGUACCUGCUGUUGUGGUUGCUGUGACGGUUCAGUUUUGUGGCGUUUUUAAGAGACAACCGCUUCUCCUCUUCUUCUCCUGUGCUUCUGUGGAUGAGCUGCAUCAGACGUGGCAUGUGUUAUGACCAUCUUGUUCAAUGUCGACGGCGUCCGGUUUGUCUCUGAUUGUCACGUGUUGCAAUCUGUUAGAUUUCUUCUUCUUUUUUGAUUUUUCUUUAACACCGUUGUGUCCUGUGUAUGCAUAUUUAUGUCCAUACAUGCCACCAUAUCGGAUCGUCUCUUCAUGUUUACCCUUUUACAUCAGUGUGUGAGUGAGCGUCUUUGUUGCAGAUGCGCGUUUUAUCAUCGUUACCCAAGACCAAACUUCUUCAGACACGGUUUACAGUUUUUCGUCCAGUGACUCUUUCCGCCAUGUUGUUGUUAACGAAGAACAAGCUAUUUAAGAGCAAUGUGCAGCUGUCUAAACCUUCCGGUGACACCUUGUAGAGUUGUCUUUUGGAGCAUCUUGAUCUUUGGCAGUGAAGACCUGUAAAUCUAUCAGUCCGCGUGUCAUCAUGGCAUUGUGUAAUGUAAUAUUAACUGACGGUAAUCCAAACGUACUUUUUUUGUCAUUACAUGUCUGGUUAAUAGAUCUGUUUACAAUGUAGUGCUGUAGGUCAAAUCUAUUCAUUCUGUGAACUUUGCACUUUAAAAACUGGAAAACCUAGUGACAAAGGCAGCUUUUACAUGGAGGAAAUGCCUUAUGCGUGUCAUACCUGACUUUGCAUGCUAGUGACGUUGCUGUGUUGUACAAUAAAUUUAUCUGUAACCAUGAAAGACCA